AUGACGGAACUAGUCAAGGAGCUCGACGCACUUAAGACUGCCCUAGAUGGUCUGGACCAACUCGACAGCAGCACAGCCCCCUCAGCAUUUCUUGACAUAAUUAAGUUCGUUGCGACGGACUGUCGCCAACGACUUGAAGUGUUCUGGGCGAAGACCGAGAAAUACGACUCUUCCCUAGGCCCCGCAAGUCGAUCCAACGCUCUGAGAGGUACCAUGGAUAAGCUCGACUGGACGUUCUGUCAUAAAGAAGAAGUUGUGCAACUUCAGAGAAACCUCCAAUAUUACAGCAAGGUCAUCAACAUGCUCAUGAUACGGCAUGUCGCGGGACAGGUGCAGGAUAUGAGGAAGGAGACAGAUGCAGUCUGUACACAAAUCGCUGAGCGCAUUCGUGACACACAAGACACUCUCGCAGACGUUGGCAAGGACGUAUCAAGCCAAGGGAUUGUAGCGAGUAACACUCAGACACUGAUCACUGGCCUGCAUCAGUUCAUAUUCGGCGAGGUUAGAUCAUUCUUAGCGGACUUGGGGCAGUUGGUGAACAAAGUCUUUGCCUCAACCCAGCAAAUAUUUGCCGUUGUUCUCGAAAUCCGGGAUUCAAACAAAGUAAUGGAUACUGGCUGGACUUAUUUCCAAGACCCAUUCGUUGUUGAAGAUGCCUUUGGUCGCAAGUUUCCAGUUCCAUCGGAGUUCGACUACGAUAUGCUGGAUACGAUCGACCGGCGGAAAUUUCAAACCGGUGUUGGCUCGCAAGAUCAGGAGGUGAAGGCGGCUGCCCACCACGUGGCACACUUGCGCUUUCCACUUCAGCAUACUGACGCUUCCCUGGCGCCUACGUACCACCACCUUCGCUCACCUUUGAUCCCCACGCCUUUCAUUCCACAUCAGCAACAAAUCGCACUCAUGGCCAACCACAGGGCGAUGCAAGAGAUGAGCCGUCUCGAGGACCUGCAACUGCAGCGCGAGCUCAAGCAAAGCGUCCUUGGAUACAUCAUCGACAUGUACCAACCAGCCUACCCCAACAACCAUGGCUUUUCCAUCCUCAUCUGCCGCCACAUGUUUGACCGCUCCUCUUCCAUCCCCGCAGCCGCCGCCUUGGGCCGCCGCAACGAUAGAGAAGAGUUCAUCAUGAUCCGCGCGGUUACACUCAGCUCAGCGAGCCCGGAACUAAGAAGUGGACGCUCGUAGCUGGGAGCAGCAAGGCGUACUUCGGUAUCAUAUCUGCGUUGCAAGAGUUUACGAAAGACUCGGAGCGAGAGAUGGGGAAUAGGACGGCUUCGAUGACUGUAGACAACAAGAGGCAGCGCAAUGAGAGAUAUAAGGGUUGGAUUGAUCAGGGUGGGUACAUGUCAAGACGUUCGCGCAAGAGGCAGAGGGACAGAGCAGAACAUGGGCUGGCGGCGGCGAGCAGCUUAGACUGAUGACGUGACUCGGAUACGAUGACAGGUUUGACCUUCGGAAAAUGAGGUGUAUACAGUUUACUAUAC